GGGCUAUGAAUACUCAGUAUUGUUCUGCGCAUAAGUCAAUUCCUUAUAAAUUAGUAUUCGGACAGCUUCCCCACUGCGAUACUAAUUUAGUUGAUAUAUUAGAAAGUGAGGAGUCAUUAAACAACCAAACUCUAAUAUCUGAAGGCUCCCAAUCGACUAUAGUUUCUGAAAUUAGCAGUGAUACAGUUUCAGAAUCAGAAUUUUCUAGUAUUAUAGAACAAGUUCAAGAAAAUUGUAGCAACAUUGAUGGUGCAGAUGAAAUAUGUAGUGAUAAUGAUGGUGCACAAGAUAUCGAUGAUGAUAGUGCACAAGAACUUUAUAACGAUUUAUUAUCGUUAUAUUGUUCUGAAAUUGAAGAGGGUUCUAAAAAUACACCAGUUUACAAAAUUGUUGAAAUUAUUAAUUCAGAUGAUGAUUUCGAAGUUGGAGAGUGUUCUAAAAACACAUUAGUUCCACAAAUUAUUGAAAUCAUCGAUUCUGAUGAUAAUUCAGAUGAAAAUCGACAUUAUACUUCGCAAGAAAAAAAAAAGUGGAAAGUUCAAUCAGAAGAAACUAAG